CGUCCACUUCUGUGUGGAACUCACUCACCUCUCGCCAACCGUGUAAUCAUAAAUAGUGUACCGUUUAGUCAUCAGGACAUGGAAAGGUCUGAACGUUGAAAUAUUAAUGUUUCGUCGCUCAGACUAAGCCAGGAAGAUUUAUGUUUUUAUUUCUACCUCUUCUUUGUUUUAUUACUUCCGGAAGAUCCUCCGCUCAGGUCACUACGACGCAGUUGUCGGUGUUUUUCUGAAGGCGGGGGGACGUUACUAAGUUAAAGAAACGUGGGGUAUUUCAAUGAAGCAGCUCGCUGUUCUUUGUCUGUCUGGAUUGGAAAUAUUCAGCUUUAACACCUGAUGAGGCUGGACUUCGGAGGCUGAGAAAGAGUCAUAAGCGCUCCUCUUCAGCCCGGCGGACGUCCAGCAUUGUACCGAGACCAUGACGGAGCCUAAGGUGCCUUUGCCGGUGGGUGGCAUAACGUGGGCGCGGGUGUGCAGGGAAUGUGGGCAGUGCCACGAAGGUCAGGACAGUCACUUGUAUGAAUACCAGGAUGAGGUGGAUGAUGAGCUGGUGUGCCACAUUUGCCUCCAGCCUCUUUUGCAGCCAAUGGACACGCCGUGCGGCCACACAUACUGCUUCCAGUGCCUCAGCAACUUUCUCCACGAUCAUGACUUCUGUCCCGUGGACCGCCAGCGGCUUCAGUUACAGCAUUGCCGUACGUCUAGCCUCCUGGUGCGCAACCUGCUGGACAAACUCACCGUGCUGUGCCCGUUUCGCAGCGAGUGCCAGCAGAGCAUGCAGCGUUGUGAGCUGCAGCCCCAUCUGCACAACAGAUGUCCUGCAUUCAGACGGCUCAGGGAGGAGGCAGAGAAAAAGAAGAGACCUUCAUGGAACGAGUUAAAGGGAAGCAAAUCAGAUGGAGAUUUAGCUGAUACCAAAUCCACACCAAUCACACGCACCACUCAACCUGCUGGACCCUCAGAACCUGGCUUGGUCAAUCCCGCCUAUGAGGAGGGUGAAGACGAUACCCCUCUGAGGUCCAGUCUCGUAGCAGAGGCGACCGUGGUUGAGCUGAUUCGAGAGGAUCCAGAGGAGGGUUUGGGAUUGCGUAUAGUUGGAGGGAAGGACACACCCUUGGGUAACAUCGUCAUCCAGGAGAUUGUGCGUGAUUCACUGGCUGCUCGAGAUGGCAAGCUGGCCCCGGGAGAUCACAUUCUAGAGGUGAAUGACGUCAGUCUGGCAUCUGUGCCCCACAGUCGUGCCAUCUCUGUACUGCGGCUGUCAGGUUCUCGCCUCAGGCUGACCGCCAUGCAGGAAAAGGGCUUCAAGCCCCGUCCCGAACAUCUCGCACAACCCUCAGCCUCACCCCCGACACAGCCAGCUAAUCCCAACCAGAACCCUGGCACCGUCAUACAAGUCACCCUGGUAAAGCGUGACCGCUCUGAACCGCUGGGCAUCAAACUCAUCAGAAAGUCUGAGGAGCCAGGGGUCUUCAUCCUGGACCUGCUACCUGGAGGCCUGGCUGCCAAAGAUGGGAAACUGCGGAACAAUGACAAAGUGCUGGGCAUAAAUGGACAUGACUUGAGACACGGUACCCCUGAGAGCGCAGCUACAAUCAUACAGGCAAGUGAAAUGAGGGUGAACUUUGUAGUGAUGAGGUGUCCUGAUCCCACUGAGGAGGGGGGUGAGGGACAGAGCAGAGGAGCCAGGAGGGUCCCCGAACCACAGUACUUCAGACGACGCUCCACGUUUAUGAAGGAGCCUCCAGGUGGCUUUUCCAGUCAAGAGAAGACAGUGACUCUGAAAAAGGAACCUCGACACUCUCUAGGCAUCACCAUUGCGGGUGGCAGAGACGGUCGCAGCCGUUUGCCUGUCUAUAUCACCAGUGUGCAGCCGGUGGGCUGCCUACACAGAGACGGCACCAUUAAAACAGGUGAUAUAUUGCUGAGUAUAAAUGGUAUUGACUUGACCCAGCUGACCUACAAUGAGGCGGUGACAGUCCUAAAAACCCAGGCCGCUCAGAGUACCGUGACACUGCGAGUCAUUCAAACCUUCUCUGAUGAGGAAGAACAGGAUGGAGAGUCCAGCAGCAGGGAAGACAUGGACACGCAGGAGGGCACCAAAGAGGAUGAUAUUAACUGGGUUCCUCUCUGGACCCGCUGGCUGGGCCUACCCAGCUACAUGCACUGGUGUCGUGAUAUCAUGCUGAUGAAGACCAACUGUGAGAGCUGGGGCUUCAGUAUCGUCGGGGGGUAUGAGGAGAGCCGUGGCCAGCAGCCCUUCUUCAUUAAGACCAUAGUGCCUGGAACACCAGCCCAUUUUGAUGGCCGUCUCAAUUGUGGUGAUGAAAUCGUGGCUGUAAAUGGACUCACUACAGUCGGCAUGAAUAACUCAUCCCUGAUCCCCAUGCUGAAACUGCAGAAGAACAAAGUCACAUUGACCGUGGUCUCGUGGCCGGGCAGUUUGGUUUAACACUUGCCUAUUAUCGUACCACUGUUACUUUUUCUACCACAAACUGGAUGCACAGAUCUAUUAUAAGAGAAAAAUCUAUCAUUUUUUGUCCUUCCUUAAGAACAGGUUGCACUUAGAUCAGGGACCACAGCUAACAAUCAUUGACCCAGAUUUAAAGCCACACAGGAAGGUUCUUAUUUAAUCCACCGCACUCUAGAGGUAGUAGUGUUUCACAGGUAUAUAAUGUCCUCUGCUUAGCUGUAAUGAUGCAGGAUGUUGAUUUACCAGAAAUAUUAAUCUCCUGUUUGAACAAGUUUUAAAUUGAGACAUUUUAACUUUGAACCAGCUUUCUGUCUGGGACUAUUUUUAGAAUGGAACAUUUAAGACUGUAUUUACAUAUAUAAACAAUAAGAAUCUUGUAGAUGGUUUAUGAAUGACUUCAAAUGGUCAGUUAUGUGUCAUUUUGACACUGUGUUCAAUUUGGCUGGAUUGAUGCUGUUAUGUGUUCGGAGCGUAUUUACACUAGUGUAAAAUUGUGUAGUUGCUGUUGGGGAAUUAGUAUGGGUCGUUUUCCUAAACCCACAGCUUGGCUUGUAUAAAAUAUUUCUAAGAAUGUAUCUCUUUGGUGCCUUGCAUAUAAAUAUGUACAAACGCACACUGAUCCACCCUUGCCUUAAUUGCCUGUAAACCAGAAAUUCCAUCUUCCAAUCUUUUAAUCAUUUUUCUGAAUAUUUUUGAGACUGGUUCCUUAUACAUUUCAGUGAUUUGAUGUGCUCUCUUGGGAAUAGCAUAGCAAUGGAAAAGUGUUGCAAUGAUGACAGAAUAAAGAGUCUGUUCAGUUUUAUGCCAUUGUUGUCAGGCAGUGACUUAAGUGCACUCUGUUCCAUUUGGUCUGUUUUUAUUUUAUUAACCUAUGUAGAUUUACAAACCAUUUUAUUUAUGUGGUAUACAUCUAGCCUGCAUGUUAUCUACUGGGGAUAAUCCUAUAAAUAUAAAGGAGAUCAAAACCUGAUCUACAAGAACAGUAUGUGACAGACAUCAGCAAGUUAAACCAGUAUGGAUUAUACACUGUUUUUCUCUCAUUGUGAUGUUGUUCUGUUGUGCAAGAGUUAAGGAAUAGUUCAUCUUCAAAAUGAAAAUUCUGUCAUCAUUUACUCACCCUGUUGUCAUUUUAAACCUGUGUGAUUUUCUUCUGCAAAACACAAAAGAUAUUUAAAAUGUUGGUAACCAAAACCGUUGGUCCCCCUUGACUUCUACUGAAUGGACCCAAAACCAGUGCAAGUCAAUGGGGACCAACGGUUUUCUGUUACCAACAUUUUUGUGUUCUGCAAACUUAUACAUGUUUGAAAUGAGUAAAUUUUCAUUUAGAAGAGGAACUAUCCCUUUAAUACUACAGAUCCAUGUUUUACUCCUGCAAAUCAUUUGUUAUAGUUCCUUUGGGAUUCCCAUGCAAUAACAGCAGCUUUGGUCUGUUGGGUAUCACUCCAUCUGAGCCGUUUGAAGGGCAAGUGGGACAUGUGCUGUCACACUACAGAUCUCUGGAGGAUGUAAAUCAGCCCUGUGCCAUUUGAAUUUAUGCUUUGCACUCUGAACCAAGGAUUAACAGUAUAAAAUCUUGCUGACUGGUUAAACUUGUGCAGCAAUAGGUUUCCAGUUGUGAAAGAUCGAAUUUUGGGUGAUGAUGUAUUUGUACCAAGCACCUACAGAAAAUCUGCUGUGUCAAAAAGGACAUAAUACUGCAAUAUGACACAACCUGUUUAGUUCAGACAUAUUUCAGAGCCGUACUCAUAAUAUCCACAAAUUUCCUAUUAUAAGUAAACUUUAAAAGUAACAUACUCUACAAGGGUCCACUUCAGUGUCUCAGCCUGCCAUCUGGAGGCCGUAUAUAGCUCAACAUGUAUUGGUGAAAUCAAAACAAAUCAAUGAUUUAAAUUAUUAUUGAUUAAAUAAUAAAUGAUGAAAUAAUCAAACACUGUGGACAGGCUCUCUCAAAUCUAGCUGAAUUGCUCGUGCUGAGUUUAGUUUGUUCUUCACACUCUGCUAAGCCCUCCCCCACCUUAUAUAGUCCACACAGACCACAAUGGGUUACUUC